CAGUAUCGUCAUCAUGUCCCGUGGGACCGUAAGCGGCAAGAAGGCGAGCAAGAACUCGUAUCGCCGCCAGAAGAAGAAGUCACAGCGCGCUGAGACCCCAACGGAGGCUGGCAGCUCUGCACGUGAGAGCGAAUCUCCUGCACCUGACGACAAGACAAAUAACGAUGAACAGGCGGUCCGAGCUGCGGACCUUCUGGAGGUUGACGACUUAACUACACAGUAUGACCUUGACAACCCUCUGUUCGAACAGUAUAGAAGCGUUUUCGAAAAAUUCCGCCAAUCCGCAGCUGAGGAUGCUGAACAGGAUGACGAGAAAAAAGAAGAGAUGAUACUCAGUGACGACGGUGACUUCUCGGAGGAGGAGGAGGAGGAACAGAAAAACAAAAUCUCCAAGAGACAGCGCAAGGAGAUGAACAAACCGUCGAUUGCUCAACUCAAGGCAAUGGUCAAGAAACCGGAGCUGGUGGAGUGGACUGAUGUAUCUUCAUCGGAUCCUGCGCUUUUGAUUGCUCUCAAGGGCUCCAAAAACGUAGUACCUGUGCCUACUCAUUGGUCACUCAAGAGAGAAUACUUGUCGUCUAAACGUGGCAUUGAGAAGCCGCCAUUCGCAUUGCCUAAAUUUAUCCAGGAAACUGGAAUAUCGGAGAUGCGCGACGCUCACCUCGAAAAACAGGCCGAAAUGUCUAUGAGGCAGAAGCAGCGCGAACGUGUACAGGGAAAAAUUGGAAAGCUUGAUAUUGAUUACGGGAAGCUUUACGAUGCUUUCUUCCGACGCCAAACGAAACCAGAAAUGACGAAAUACGGCGAAGUAUAUUACGAAGGCAAAGAGUUUGAGACGAGCUUAGUACAUCUCAAACCGGGAGUUCUUAGCGAGGAGCUGAAAGAAGCUGUGGGCAUGAAUCAACCUGGCCAACCUCCACCAUGGCUCAUCAAUCAGCAACGUUUCGGUCCACCACCCUCAUACCCAAACCUCAAGAUUCCUGGCGUGAACGCGCCCAUACCCCCUGGAGGUGUCUGGGGUUUCAGUGCUGGUCAAUGGGGUAAGCCACCGGUGGAGGAAAACACCAACCGGCCGCUGUGGGGCGGUGACCCCUUGGGCGUAGGUCUGCUCGCAGAGCAGGAGGCGCCGACCCAACAUGGCGAACCUGUUGAGCGAAACAUCUGGGGGGUGUUGCGUGCUGAGGGCGAAAGUGAGGAUGAGGAAAGUGAGGAAGAGGAGGAAGACGAAGAUGAGGAUGAAGAGGACGAAACCGAAGACCUCUCCGGUAUUCAGACGACGAUGACAGGGACGGCAUCUGCUUUACCUUCAGAGAUUGGUGGCACAGAGACCAUUGGUGGUGAAUUCACUCUUCGCAAACAGCGGAAGGGGAUUGAAACUGAGGAACCAGGCGCGCCAAGAAGCGCUUUCCAAGUACUCCCCGAGAAGAAUAUACAAGCCACCGGCUUCUUCGGCGGCGAACAUGCGUACGAUCUCGAUGCGGCUAAACGCGACACCUUUGGCGACAAUAGCCAGCGCAAGCGCAAAGCUGGUGACAUCGAUGUCUCUGUCGAUGUUGAUUCUCUGACCAACAACGAUAAGCUUGAUAAGGAAGCGUUGAGGCAGCAGUACGAAGCACAGAGGAGGGCAGAAAUGCAAGGGCAAUGGUCCGCGAUUGAUCAAGAUGAUCUGAGCCAAAUGAUCGCGGAUGAAUCUCGGAAACGGCAGAAGAGGGAGGGAAGGUAG